GUCACUUUCAGGGUUGGAACAUCUGUGGAGUGAUCAUGAGAUAGUUACGUCUUAAUUUUAUUUUCCCAAAAUAUUUAUCAUCAUUUUAUUAUUUAUUCAGCAGUUUUCUGCUAUGGAGUUAUUUUUUAACUUCUUGGAAUCCCACAGAACAUUAUGUUUCAUAGAUCUUUGUGCUUAGUACAAGGGAGGAAGAUAUGGUUGUUUUUGUUAGUAUUAAUUUUUGUGAUUAUAUUUAGUUUUUUUCAGUAUAACUACUUAAAACUCAAAGAGGACAGAGAUAAAUUGGAAGCCAGAGUAUCAAGAUUGCAAAGUUAUUAUAACUUGAAAGAAAAUGCCAAACUCCAAAAAAAGAGAAGUGAUUAUGAUGAAGCACAAUUAAUAAUCUAUAAUAGAGUUCCAAAAACAGCUUCAACUAGUUUUGUGAAUGUUGCCUAUGAUUUAUGUAAAAAAAAUGGUUUCAAUGUACUUCAUCUUAAUGUAACUGGCAACCUUCAUUUCAUGUCCAUUGCCGAUCAGGCCAGAUUUAUACGAAAUAUUACAAAGUGGACAGAAAAAAAACCUGCUAUUUACCAUGGACAUGUUGCAUUCAUAGAUUUUCUUAAAUUUGGUGCAAGGGAAAAACCGAUAUAUAUCAAUCUUCUUAGGCGUCCAUUAGAUCGACUAGUUUCAUACUACUAUUUUCUUAGAUAUGGUGAUAACUUUAGACCACAUCUUAUUAGACGAAAACAUGGAGACAAAAUGACGUUUGAUGAAUGUGUUCAACAGAAACAGUCUGACUGUAAUCCAGAAAAUAUGUGGCUUCAAAUUCCAUUUCUUUGUGGACAUUCAGCCGAGUGUUGGGAACCAGGAAGCGAAUGGGCACUUGAAGAAGCAAAACGUAAUCUUUUGUCUCAUUACCUUGUGGUAGGUGUUACAGAACAGUUGACUGACUUUAUAGCCGUUCUGGAAGCUACAUUACCUACAUUUUUUAGGGGAGCUGUUGAGCAUUUUAAAUCGAGUAAAAAAGGCCAUUUGCGAAAAACCAAUCAGAAAAUAGAGCCCAACGAAGAAACCAUUAGGCAGAUUAAAAGUACUGUCAUUUGGAAAAUGGAAAAUGAAUUAUAUGAAUUUGCUCUUCAACAAUUCCAAUUUUUAAAAAAACGAAUGGAACGAAAUAAAGAUGGAGAUUUGGUUGAUAAAGGUCAGCAAUUUAUGUAUGAGAAAAUUAGUCCUAAGAAAACUCAUUUAUGAUAAUGAUUUGUUAAUAUUACUUUGAAAUGUUAAAAUUUACAUAUCAUAUUGUAAAAUAGAUAUAUUUAUUAUCCAUUCAAAUAGUAUAUUAUUGACAAUACUUUUGUUUUCCACCAUUGUUUCAAUCUACUUUAUCUUUUAUAUCAUUUCAUAAAAUUGUUUUUUAUUUCAUAUUAUUAAUGUUAUAGUUUAAAAUAAUGAUUUAGAAUAACAAUACAGGUGAAUUUAUAACAUUUACUAGUUCUAGUAAAAAGUAUU